GAAAUUUGUUGUCCCGUGACGUGCUGGAGUGACAUAUUUGUAUUUAAAAUCAAAUUUAUUUCUACAGAAAAUGUUUUGAAUGAUCUUUUGAAAAAGAAGAGGAAGUUGCCGAUCGUCGACCAAUUAAAAUCUUGUGGGAUCGCACCUCGGCCAAUAAGAAGUCGACAACAAGCUGUCUUGCGCGUUUUAAAAGCCACGUAAAGUAGCCGGAAUCCGAGAAAUUCGUGGCAGUGAAGAUCGAGUAACAAUUUUGAAAAUUUCGCCGGUUAGAACAAAACCAUGAUUUUCUUUAAAUUAUUCACGAUAUUUCUAUUCGCGUACACCUGCUCUGCGAAAGAAGAAGACGUUCUAGAAUUAACAGAUAGCGAUUUUGAAUCUAAAUUAGCCCAACAUGAAACUGCCCUCGUCAUGUUUUACGCACCUUGGUGUGGACAUUGCAAGAGAUUGAAGCCUGAGUAUGCUAAAGCUGCUGAAGAUCUUAUUAGGAAUGAUCCCCCGGUGGCUCUAGUUAAAGUCGAUUGUACAGAGGCUGGCAAAGACACAUGCAACAAGCAUGGAGUCAGUGGCUACCCAACUUUGAAGAUCUUCAGGAAUGGAGAAGUUUCCCAGGAAUACAAUGGUCCCAGAGAAGCUGCAGGAAUUGUCAAAUAUAUGAAGGCACAAGUUGGACCUAGCUCAGUUGAACUAAAAUCGAAAGCAGAUCUAGACAAGUUUUUGAUUACUGAAAAGGAAAGUGUUGUCGUUGGGUUCUUUGAGAAAGAAUCCGACUUGAAAGCUGCUUUCAUGAAAACUGCUGAUCAGUUGAGAGAGAAGGUCAGGUUUGCCCACACUUCAUAUAAGGAACUACUGGACAACGAAGGAAACAAAGAUAGUAUUGUAUUGUUCCGUCCUGCUCACCUUCAUAACAAAUUUGAAGAACAUAGAGUAACAUACAAGGGAAAAGCUGAUGCUGGAGAGAUUCAGAAGUUCAUUGCCAAGCACUCUCAUGGUUUAGUAGGACAUCGCAAACCUGAUAACAGACCAGAAUUUGAAAAUCCUCUAGUUGUUGCUUACUAUGCGGUAGACUAUGUGAAGAACCCUAAAGGAACCAAUUACUGGCGUAACAGAAUACUGAAGGUGGCUAAAGACUUUGCUGGCAAAGUAAACUUCGCCAUUUCUGCUAAAGACGAAUUCCAGCAUGAGUUGAAUGAAUAUGGGUUGGAGUUUGUUAAAGGAGAAAAACCUGUUGUUGUCUGCAGAAACGACAAGAAUCAGAAGUUCGUGAUGAAGGAUGAAUUUUCGGUUGAAGCUCUCGAAGUAUUUGUCUCUGAUGCUCUUGAUGGCAAUCUCGAGCCAUACCUGAAAUCAGAAGAAAUCCCAGAAGAUAAUGAUGCACCUCUGAAGACAGCAGUCGCCAAGAACUUCGAUGAUGUUGUUAUCAACAAUGACAAAGAUACCUUGAUUGAAUUCUAUGCUCCUUGGUGUGGACACUGCAAGAAGUUGGCUCCUGCUUUAGAGGAAUUGGCCGAAAAGAUGAAAGAUGAAGACGUCGCAGUUGUAAAGAUGGACGCUACCGCGAAUGAUGUGCCCUCUCCAUUUGAGGUUCGUGGCUUCCCAACACUCUUCUGGAUUCCAAGAGAUGCCAAACAGGUCCCAGUACGUUAUGAGGUAUGUGCCAUUAUCAAAUUUUUCUUUACAGUAUUUAUUGAUUUACUAAUUUUACGGGUGACCCUAUUUUUACAAAAUAAGAUCGCCUAGAAUAUACGUGAAUAUCAUUUAAAACAUACAAACUCACAAGAAAAUUGUUAUAUGGACUCCCCAUUCCAAAGACACUUUUCAAAGCCUGAGAGUGUACAGGCAAAGAUGUCAAUAUCAGAGAAAACCAAAUGGAUAAGACAGAGUGAUUGUAGAGUGCUGACCAUAAUUUGUCGGAUGGAACUUGAUUACAAACACAUCACUAUUAUGCAGAGUCCUACAGGGUACAUUGAAAUUUAUCAGUGCUAACAAAGUUUCGGAAUUGGUGAGCACCAAUAAAAUCAAGAGGAGGUAUCGCAUAUAUUAAUGUUUAAAAACAAGUGAUUAACCUGUGUUCACUGCCACAGCACAUUAAGGUCCUGCAGAACGCCCGCCUUUUCAUAUCUCUCCGUAAUUAUCCUGCAAAUUUUCGGGUCAUCAGCAACAAAGACUUAGAACAAAAGGGAUGUCAUUCACAAACAAAAUAGGACCGCGGAGGAACGCCUGAUGUAAUCUUAAAGUUCGAAGACAGGUGUCUACUGAUUUUUACAGAUUAAGGGAGCUCUCUAACCAUCUUACAGUGUUUUCUGAAAAACCAUAUUCUGUUAGCUUUGCUUUUAUGUCGAAGGCCUUGGAAAAGUCCGUGUAGAUUACAUCCACCUGGCGACCCCUUCCCAACGCCUUCAGCAGAUCAACAUAGAAAGCUUGGUCUUAUCAGGCAAAAAAAACAUCUGAGAAUUGUUUCACCAUUGUCCAAUCAACGCGGGUGUUCCUCAAAGACCUGUUUUGGUUCAAACUGAUUUGUGGCAUUAUCAUUAUUUUUUUUUCAGGGAGGCCGUGAGGUAGAUGAUUUCAUCAAGUACAUCGCACGAAUGGCCACCAAUGAACUGAAGGACUAUGAUAGGGAGGGUAACCCGAAAACAGACAAGACUGAACUUUAAUUGUAAAGAUAUUUUUGGUCAACAUUUUUUUAAUAGUUUCAUAUUUCAUUUUCUUUCUUGAGAGUUUCCGUUUAUUUUCGUUGUUUGUAGUUCAUGUUUCUGAGAGUGAGAUUAAGUUUGUCUAUUAUAAUAGUAUUUUCAACUCUGUAUGGAUAUUUUCGUUGCUGAAAUUGCAAUAAUUCAGUGUUAAGAGUUGUGAAAUGGCGGAGGCAAGGUGACGUUAGUUACAUGUAUGUGCUUUUACCUUAGUUCAAUGUAAUAGGAUUUUUAGAUUUUUUUUUAUAAUUCCAUUAAAUUUUGUUAAAAACACA